UUUGCUGUCGUCGACUUUGCGAUAAAAGCGAGCGCAAUGCUCUGAAUUCGGUCACUCUCGGUCGGAGAUCAUCUGUUUCUAGAGGACCGCACACUGAAGAAAGCCGCACAAUGAAAGCUUUCAUUGUUGUUUGCCUUCUUUUAACUGCCGCACUGACGAGUGCCACAAGAACUCGUCGUCUUGGAAGUGACGUGGGUGCAAAUGGCGGAAUAAGCAGUAGGCUGUAUGCCGGCGUCGAUAGAGUUGGUCCAUUAGGAUACCCGGGAGGGACCCUUUCGAUUGGAGGGCACCUAGGAGCACGCCUCGGUGGCCAUGCCGGUCUAGGACUGAGCGACUACGGCUAUGGUUACCCACCAUCUGGCUAUCCAUAUGGCGGAUACGGUGGAUAUGGCGGGUAUGGUGGAUAUGGCGGAUAUGGCGGAUAUGGCGGAUAUGGUGGAUAUGGCGGAUAUGGAGGAUACGGCGGAUAUGGAGGAUACGGAGGAUACGAUGGGAGAUAUGGCUCUGGUUACCCCGGCUAUAGCUACUACGGUGUAUACGGCCAACCCAGUGGCUACCCAACCCAUCCCCAAGGCUCCGGUGCAAGCUACGGUGGUAGGUCCGGUUACACCAGUGCCAGUUCUACAAGUGGUGGCGCAUCUGCGUAGGAAUUAUAUUUCGGCUGUCUACUCAACCCAAGUCUGAGAAAAGUGCCCCUACUUUCCAGCCAUUUUCGAAGGUGGCAACGGUUACCCAAAUGAGCAAGAUGAACACCAAUUUGUUCACAACCACAUCAGCUCUACAGAAAGCGAUGACACGAAGAAAACUGCGUUAGUUCAUUAAAACUAGGAAAGAAACCCCAUGAAGUUUUUUGGAUUGUUAAGCCUUCUACUGAUGUUUUGCACAGCAUGGACAUGCCUGCAUUGUAUGGGUAUAAAGUGGUAUUCCUAAAGGAAUGAAAAUAUAUUGAAUAAAGAUGUUCAGGGGUGCACCAAGAGA